UCGACUCGGGAGGAUUGUAAUCAAUUCAACCGCCCAUAAAACCUUCAACACACCGCUUGACUUUUAGAAUCUCAACCUAUUUCCCUUACUUUCGAUCUCUACAUCAUCAUCCAACAGCACCGAUUCCUGGUCCGAUCCAGAAACUCUCAACAUGUCGACGUUAGAGGAUCUCGAUGACAUGGAGCGCGAUGAGAAGGAGCAGAGAAAGGAGGGCGAUGACAAGGACAAGAAACCGGCGUCCAACGGCGAUGCUAAAGAUGCUGAGAUGAAGGAUGCAGACUCGAAAAAGGAUGAGGAAGAACAAUACAUUGAUGACGAGAUUCUGCAGUCAAGUACCAGAGACAUCAUCAACCGGCGGCGACUACUCGAAAACGAAAUGAAGAUCCUCAAGAGCGAGUUCCAGCGGUUAAAGCACGAGGAGAGCACGAUGAAGGAGAAGAUCAAGGACAAUUUGGACAAGAUCGAGCAAAAUCGGCAAUUACCAUACCUCGUGGGCAACGUUGUCGAACUCCUUGACCUCGACGUCGAAGCUGAAGCAGCUGAAGAAGGCGCCAACAUUGACCUCGACGCCACGCGAGUGGGUAAAUCGGCAGUGAUCAAGACAAGCACUCGUCAGACCAUCUUCUUGCCUCUGAUCGGCCUGGUUGACCACAACAAACUGAAACCCGGCGAUCUUAUUGGAGUCAACAAGGAUUCCUACCUCGUCCUGGAUACCCUGCCCGCUGAAUACGAUUCCAGAGUGAAGGCGAUGGAGGUUGAUGAGAAACCGACGGAGAAGUACACUGAUGUUGGUGGUCUGGAUAAACAGAUCGAAGAGCUCGUGGAAGCGGUGGUCUGGCCGAUGAAAGAGGCGGAGCGGUUCAAGAAGCUCGGCAUCAAAGCGCCAAAGGGUGCACUGAUGUAUGGGCCUCCUGGCACGGGUAAGACUCUUCUCGCUCGAGCCUGCGCCGCCCAAACAAAUGCGACCUUCCUGAAGCUCGCGGGCCCCCAACUUGUGCAGAUGUUCAUAGGUGAUGGUGCCAAGUUGGUCCGCGACUGCUUCGCCCUCGCAAAGGAGAAGGCUCCGUCGAUCAUCUUCAUCGACGAACUCGACGCCGUUGGUACCAAACGUUUCGACUCGGAAAAGAGCGGUGACCGGGAAGUACAGCGGACGAUGUUGGAACUGCUCAACCAGCUUGACGGUUUUGCUUCAGACGAAAGAAUCAAGGUCCUUGCCGCCACGAAUCGAGUCGAUGUUCUGGACCCUGCCUUGCUUCGUUCUGGUCGAUUGGAUAGGAAGAUCGAGUUCCCCUUGCCAAACGAGGAAUCCCGAGCGCAGAUUCUGCGGAUCCAUUCACGCAAAAUGACCAUCGACGAGGGCAACAUCAACUUUGAUGAAUUGGCGCGGUCAACGGAUGAAUUUGGGGGUGCGCAGCUCAAGGCCGUCUGUGUCGAAGCAGGCAUGAUUGCGCUUCGCAAGGGACAAUCAAAAGUAAAUCACGAGGCAUAUGUGGAAGCCAUUGCGGAGGUGCAAGCAAAGAAGAAAGACACGGUUAAUUUCUACGCAUAAUCCAACCAGGCACUUUUCCAAUCGGCCUUUCCCAGAAUUCAUGGCAGAACAUGGCAUGUACAAUACUCAAGCAAGGAGAAUGUCCUCAGAUAGAUGAUUGCCGUUCCCUGGCAGUCCAACUAUAACCCAUUGGACGGGGCUUUGCGUUGCCGUUCUUCAGAUUUGUCCCGUCGUGGCCAAACCUGUCCCGCUAUUCAGCCCUCUGGCUGUAUGUAGUCGACUACACUUGACUCUCCUGCAGCACAGUUAUAUCGGAAGCGCCCCAAUAAGAACUACGACGACGACGAACCUGGCAUUGAAACUCUGUAGUCUGAUGUUUUGAGUUCUUAUUGGCCGGGACCGAGAUGGCUUCCCAGUUUCUUGUGCCGAAUUCAUGGUCCAACAUCCAACUUUCGUAUCCGUUCGCCACGGCCAUGGUUAUAUUUGCUGCCUUUCCAUAGAUAGAUGUUUCCUUAUCUACGCGCCUUGGUAUCUAUUUGACCCUAUACCAAUUAGCAACCGCGGUUUUCUGGUGAACCCCUAUCGGGGAGGUUUUUUCCUUUGAUGGCAUAGACAAAC